CGCUGACGUCUGCGUUACGUUUCCGGAAAUAAAAGUAAACAACGGUUUCCAGAAGGAAAAUGAUAUUUACUCGUCCACGUUCGUGCCGUCUCUUUGAUUUUUCAUCCUCCUUAUUCAUUAUUUAUGAAGGUAUUACAUUUCGAGAAGACAGGCCUAGUUAAAUACAAACUGAAAUCUGGCGAAACUUCCGCAGAGCUCAGAGAAAGCGGAUGCGGCAGCCGCUAAGGAGAGCUAGCUCGACAUGGCAUUUUUCUGUUUGAGUUUGUUUACAGCAUGGGAUACUCUCACGACAGUGACUUAAACACAGCCCGUCGACAUUAGAUUUAGCAAUGUUAGCCAUCAGAUCUUCAGACGAGGAGUCCACUGAGAUUGAGGAGAUGGACACCUCAGAGCCAAACUGGUGCUGGUUCUACUUGGCCGAAUGCGGAGUCUGGCACAUGUUUGAGAUUGAUCCCAGUGCAGCCUGCUCAGUGACCAGCGCUCAGAUUGAGCAGUGCUAUAACAGGAACCAGCGAGGGGUCAUGGAGUUCUACACAGCCAAAUACACCUAUAGACUGGACUUCUCGGUUAUGCGACAAAUUAACGUGACAACAGGAAAACAGAGGCCAAUUAAACGCUCCCUACACUCUACCACUGGCUUUCGGUAAGAUUUAAUAUGUAAAGAAAAUAUAUUCUUCAGCUUUAUACCAUGUUUAUAAGUCAUCAAGAUUAUACCCACCAAACUGUUGUUUUCACUGAUUUAUGCAUGUUUGAGAAAUCUUAGAAUCUCAUGUUGUAGCCGUUUUAGUUGCCUAAAUUGA